UCUAGCUUUCCAAAAAAUAACCCUUAGACAAAUUUUUUCUCUUCUAAUUACUAUGGAACUCAUAGGAUCUUUCCCUGAUGGAGAAUGGGAUUUCUUUAGCAAAAUGUUUGCUAGUGAGGAUCAUGAACACUACUCUCAACAAUUUCUUGAUCAAAAUUCUCUUCUUCUUGAUGAUGGAUUGAUGAACAAUGAAUCACAAUCCACAUUUUCCUCCGCGGAAAUCGGUGAAAAAGAGUGUAUGUUUUAUUCUUUUGAUCAUGCUAAUAUCUCAAACUCACAUUAUAUAUCUCAAUCUCAAGAGAAUAGUUAUGGUAGCAACUGUAGUCCUAAUGAUGAUACUAAUUACUAUUUUAGUUAUCCUAAUCAAGUACUAGCCAAUAAUAUGAAUAGUUCUAUAUCCAUGGAUGAGAAACUUUUUGCUUCUUUUGUUACACCCUUUAAUGAGAUUGUAAUGGAAGAGAAUGUGAAAUUGAAUGAAGAUGCUAUUGGAAGUGAUGGUCAUGUUUUGAAGAAAAAUGAUUACAUUAAUACUCCAAUAAUGGAAGAACAUGUUGAUUUUCCAAACAAGCAUGCGAUGCAAAUGCAACUCAAAAGGAAACUCGAUGUCUUAGAAGAUGAAGUUCCUCUCGAAGAAAAAGUUAACAACAAUUCAGAGAGUCCGAAGAAAAAACCCCGUGUCUCAAAAAAUGGCAUGAAAAAUGCAAGGUCUAAGAAGAAAAUUAUUGGUAACAAUGAAGAGGAAAAUGAAGAGAUUAAUAAUAGCUCUAGUAGUAACAUUUCUGAAGAUGAAAAUGGUUCUCAAGAAAAUAGUGGAGGAACUACUCUCAACUCAAAUGGGAAAACAAGAGCUAGUAGAGGAUCAGCAACAGAUCCACAAAGUCUCUAUGCAAGGAAACGAAGAGAGAGGAUAAAUGAGAGACUAAGAAUUCUACAGAAUCUUGUACCAAAUGGAACAAAGGUUGAUAUAAGUACAAUGCUUGAAGAAGCAGUCAAUUAUGUGAAAUUUUUGCAAGUUCAAAUCAAGCUUUUGAGUUCUGAUGAUAUGUGGAUGUAUGCACCACUGGCUUAUAAUGGACUUGACAUUGGACUCAAUCUCAACCUCAAUGGUUCUUCAUCACUAUGAGUUUCAAAUAUUGUUUACUGUAAUAAUAAUUAAACAGGAAACAAACAUUUAUAUAUGUUUGUAUUCUAACUUGUUAAGUAUUAUUAUUAUUAUUAUUAUUAUUAUUAUUGGAGGAUGUGAAUAAAAUAGCAAUAUCAUGCUCAAAGAAAGUAGAAUCAGUUUUUGUUUAUUAUUAAUCACGUGGAGUAGUGUCUUUCUGACUAUUGUGAAUGGAAGGCAUUAAAUGAUUAAGCAGACAUUUUUGUUGCUUUGAUUUAGAGGCUGUCUUGUGGUGUGUGAACAAUGUAGUAAUGAGCUCAAACAGAAAAUACACAAGUAAUGAAUGAAUGUGUCUCGUGCUUCAUACAUAGAAAAAUGAAAUUGUGAAUAUUUUAUUAGGAAUUUAUGAAGUUCUAAGUUGAUCAAACAACCAUUAAAUAUCACUCAGUUUGCAAAGUUCUAAACUAUUUGAGAUAACCACAUG